CAGGAUGCAGACAACGGAAGGUCAUAGUUCACAUGACAUAGCCUAAAUAUAAGUAAUAGGGCAUUGUCCUAACAGGAGCCCUCAAGCAUCGUGCUGUAUUCUUCCAUAUCUAAAAGACAGGUUCCGAUCAAGAACAAUGAGUACGCUAUCGUGUGUAUGUCUACUUGCCUGUGUGGCACUGACUCUGACUUGCCCGCCGUGUAUUGACUGUCCUUGUUGUAUGUGCGGUCCAAAUAUCACCGUUACAAUGGAGGUGCAGAACAGACUCCAGCCGCCGACUUUCAAGUCCUCUACCGAGGUUGAGAUGCACCAGAGAGAGCUCAUCUACUUCCUCCAAGCGGCAGUAGCCCAGGACCAGCAAUUCCAGUUUACAGCUCAGUAUUAUGCGACACCAAGUGUGACGGGAUACUUCAUCCUGAGUAUGAACAAAUUAUCUGGUAGCACCACGAACAGGACUUACUGGCAGAUCCUGGACGACGGGACACCGACACCUGUUGGUGUCAGUCAGUACGUACCCAAGAAUGGGGCUGUAAUUACCUUCAAUUACACCAGGUACUAAACCGGUUCCACCACGCCGUAGACAAGCACCGAGGACAUCCAAACACAAGACUGAAUAUCAGCCGAACCAAUGCCGCAACUUCUUAACACCCGAAACUAUUGUCUCUACUGAAACAUGUACUGGGGAUCAAGGGGGGGGUGGGGGUCGAGGUCGGGGUUGGGGUUGGGGUUGGGGUGGGAGGUAUACGCAGGUCUGUAGGUCUGUCUUAUUAUUGACGUAUCUCUAUGACGACCACGUAAUGGUGUAAGACCGCGUAAUUUAUUGUUUAUAGUAAUGUUGUGGAAAUGACUAUCCUCAGAACGCCCUGUCAUUUAAAUAAUACAUGUUAUAUUGUCGUAUGUAUGGGAACAUGAAAUAAACGCUGGAUAUAGUUA